AACUCGUCGCUGAUUGGUUGGUGGCACGACCGCUCAUGGCGCUAUAUAACGUGUGAACGUGCGGCGGCGAGCGGCCACCUUCACGCCGUUCGUCCACGUCCAAGAAAGCCCACCAACGCGACGUGAGACGAGCGACUGAGCAGGCGGGGAAGGCAAGAGUACGGAUACCGUCGCUUCUUUGUGGUGGAACAAGUAGAAGGACCUGCCUUACCGAGAAAUACCGGUGACAACAUGGAACUUCACAACAAGGAAACGGUCUCCGGAGAGAUUCUGCCUGUGGUGAUCAUCGGUAACGGCCCCUCAGGGAUUUGUUUGUCAUACCUGCUGUCAGGCUACACCCCCUACCUGUCGCCCGGGGCGUCGCACCCCAACCCGCUGCUGCACAGCAAGCUGGCCGAGCAGCCCGGCCUGUCCCUGCUAGAGCAGGACCUGGAGUACCUGUGCGAGGGUCUGCAGGGGCGCUCGUCCAAUCCGGUCGCCGUGCUCUUCGACUCGCUGCUGCUGCCCGACGGCGACUUCGGCCUGGACCGUACGUCCCCGCUGGAGUGGCGGUACGAGCCCGAGAGAGCCGUGACGCACCUGGUGCUGGGCAAGGGGCCCCCCGGUGGAGCCUGGCACGCCAUGGAGGGCUCCAUGCUAACGCUAAGCCUCGCUAACUGGAUGGAACUACCUGGACUCAAAUUGAAGGACUGGAUGAAAGACAAGAGAAGAAACGUACGCAACGACCGCGCCACGCCGGCCGAGAUCGCCUCCUACUACCAGCACUACGUGACCCAAAUGUCCCUGGGGCACAACUUCGCCUGCGGGACCGCCGUCACCUCGGUCACCUGGCGGCCGGCCGAUCGCCGCGGAUACUGGAGGGUCGAGGGGCUGCAGUGCCGAGAGGGCGAGGAGCUUGGAGACGUUUCCCCCGUGGAGCAGGUGCCCUUCUCCCUGUUGGCCCGCAACGUGGUGUUGGCGACGGGCACCCACGACAUCCCGGCCCGUCUGGGCGUGGAGGGCGAGUCGCUGCCCUACGUGUGCCACUCCUUCUGGGAGCUGGAGGGCGCCAUCUCGCGCGGCGAGCUGGACGAGUCGUCGGACCCGGUGCUGGUGGUGGGCGCCGGGCUGACGGCCGCCGACGCCGUGCUGGCGGCCCACCACCUCAACGCGCCCGUCUACCACGCCUUCCGCCGUGCCGUCGCCGACCCGGGGCUCAUCUUCAACCAGCUGCCCAAGAUGCUCUACCCAGAGUACCACAAGGUUCACCAGAUGAUGAUGCAGCAGCAGCACCAACCCUCAUCCCCCUCGCCUUCCCCCUUCUCCACCUCUUCCUCAUCCUACAGCGGCUACCUCAGCUUGCCGCGCCACCGCGUGGUAUCCUUCCGGCCGGACCGCAAAUGCGUCCUCCAGUCGGACUCGGGCCGGCGUACCGUGGUCCAAGUAUCCAAGGCGCUGGUGCUGAUCGGCGCCCACCCCAACCUGUCCUUCCUGCCCGAGCGGGGCCGCCCUCUGGGGGUUAUCCCGGACGAGGCCGUCACCUGCCGGAGGAACCCCAUCGACGCGGACCCCUUCACCAACCGGGUGGUGGCGGCCGAGGGGCCCGGCAUGUACGCCAUGGGCCCGCUGGUGGGGGAGAACUUUGUGCGCUUCCUGAAGGGCGGCGCCUUGGCCAUAGCCAGCGAUAUCGCCAAGGGACAGAGGGAGGGCGGCGGGGGAGCGCCGGGGUCCUUGGACGGACUCGCGGACAAGUGGGAGGACCGACAGGCCGCCGUGCAGACCCUCGCCCGGGUGGCGCUAUCGUAGCCGCUGGAGAAAUGAAGGUGGAAGAACCUUCGUCAUAGUGCAAUUGGACUUAAAUUAAAAAAUGCCUUUUUUUUUUUGUUAACUUAUCAUUAUUUUAUGUUUAUAGCAGUGGUUCUCAAACUGAGGUCCGUGAGCCAUAACCUGGGUUUCCGCAAACCAAUUUGAAAUGCAAUAAUGAAUUUCCAUGUUUGCGAUUCGCUCCUCGCAAAUUUGCUGUUUUUGUGGGAACCUACCCUCUGCUUCGUAACACCAAAGUAGGGGAGUUUGUCAGUGAAUAGCAAAGGAUAGGUCGCCCCAAAAAAGAAAUCUGCGACGAGGCCAAAGAGACCGGCAGGCCCAAAAAAAACUAACUAAAUUAUAUAAUAAUAAAGAAAAAAGCAAUGACUCCUCCCAACCUUAACUGUGGACCACCAAAGAUCAGAUAUGAUUGUGUCCGAUCACAUCCCAGCAUGAAAAGUCAUUUUUGUUUUGUUUUUGAGACCAUAGUCAUAUUUCUGAAGAGAAUACAAGCGUCUUUUCCCAUGUUAAGAUGCGUCAUAUCAAAAGAAGAAAAUUAUAUAUUUGAAAUUGUUCAAAUGUGACUGUUGUGUCCUGUUAAACUGUCUUGGGAAAAGAUGCAUUUAUUCUCAUAGGAUGAAUACUCGGCUACUUUUUCGUUUGUAUGGCGUUUGGGGCUACUCUUUGUAGUUGUUCCUGGACCCAAAAAGUUUGAGAACCUCUUUUCUGUCAGCUACUGAAGAUCGUCAUCGCUUGUCUUGUUUUUUUUUAAAUUUUAAUUAGUAUUAUUCUUAUUUUGGUCCAGCUAAAGUUGGCUUGCUGGGGUUGCAGAGACCAGUUGGUGCGCUUGCGUGCACCACUUUAAGAACGAACCUCUUCCUGAUAUGGGCGUCACGCGGCUACAUUUGGAUCACAUGACCAAAACAAUUUGUGGCACGUCAAUCUGAAACAUCCCAAAGUUAUUACGAUUAUUUUUUUAAUAUAUGUUUAAUCUUAUUCUCUUUUUGUGGAUUAAAAAAAAAAAAAAAAAAAAAAAAGAUUCCUCACAAGACCAAAGCCAUGAUUUGACACUGUAAUGACUCGGUACUGUUUGCGUUGUUCGUAUGACACCAAUGACACUGUUCGCUUUACACGUACUCUAUUCAUGGGUUCAUUGACAUACUAUAAUAUAUCAUAUACAAUGUACAGCAUUGGGAAGCAUUGAAAAACAGACUGUAUUUUUAUAAUGACAUUUUCAGGUCUUUUUCGUCCUUCCUACCUUCCUUCCCUCGGUUGCUUUUGCCUUUUGCUUUUCUUCAUGCAUCCUUGCUUCCGUCCUUCGUUGCCUGAAACCUUUUCUGCCUUCCUUGCUCGCAUCCUGCCUGUGUGCCUUCCUUCCUAUAGUCAUCACACUUGUUUUAUUCAUGCGUCUGUCUGCCAUUUUAAAGUCACUUUUCUACAUUCCUCCCUUCCCUCGGUUAUUCUUGCAUCCUGUUCUUGAACAGGAGCCUUCUCCUCUGCCUUCCUUCCUUCCUCUCUGACCUCUUACCCUCCGUCUCGCUUUUUUCCGUGGCCGUCUUUUCCUUCCUGACCACCUUCCUUCCUUCCCUCAGAGCCACUUGUAUCUUGCAUCCUUCCUUCCUUUGCUUCAAAACUACUUUUCCAUCUCCCUGGAAUCCACUUUGUUUGUUCCUGUGUACAUGUACAGAUACUGUCGAGGUCAAGGAAACAUUUUGAAAACUAUUAAUGAAAACCUUUUUUAAAAAUAAAGUUGCUAAAUUCCUCAAAGAUAAGUGCUGUUAAGUUUUGAACCGAGUGCCCUGUAAAGGUUUACGUGUAUUUUUUUUAAAUGCCUUUCUUGAAGCAUUUUCAACAAAAAAAAAUGCAUUUAAACGCCACAUGGACUUCAUCAGGUUCCAAAACAAAAGCACGAUGUUAUAUGGGGACAAAAGUGACCUUGGCUCAAGAAAUCCAAGCACUGAACCAGACUUAUUAGUGUGAUUUGAAUUUAGAGCUAUCUGAGCAGGAAACAAAUGGAGACUUUUUCCAAUGUUAAUUUACAUAACAGUCAAUCAGUAACUACACUAAAGGACAGUAGGACAGUUUGAAGUUUACCUUAACUGACCUAAAAAAAAAAGAAAACAUUUGACUGAUUUUAUUUCCAAGUUGUUUAAAUUUCAGAACUUGGGAAAUAAUAUGAAGAGAUAUAUUUUUUAAAGUGUGUCCUUUAUUAACUGAACUGGUGAGGUUUUCGGUCCCAUUUGAAUGUUAUUAACUGUCAUCCGUUAUUGGAGAAACACGGAAAAAAUCCAAACUUGUGGCGUUAAUCCUUUCAAAGUCUUGGAGAUUUGACAAACUCUCUCGUUGAUUUCAUUUCAAGUUGUACCACAUUUGGACGUUCCACUAUACCACAGCAACAUUUGAUUUAUUGGCCAAAAUGCAAACACAAAACGCGUGUCUGCUUGUAUUCUAUUAGAUAUGAGCCAAUAAUCUCCUUUCAUUGAUUCUUGUGUUUAACUUGAUUCCCUUUGUGUGUUCAGUUUUGUGAUUGAUUGACUGGUUCUGGACAAGCCAGUUGGUGCCUUCCACGCUCGUGCAAUGGAAAACAGAACAGAGUAGAUUGAGUCACGCAAUGACAGGUGCUGUAGAUUGUCGUCGACUUCCAAAAUGUUUGUACUGGAUAUGAACGUGUUCGUAUCCAAUCAAAUUGUGUCUAUUAAAGUCACUUGUGCGCAAACAUA